AUGGGGCAAUCUCAGUUAGAGCUAAGUGUGAGCGAUCCGACUGGGCAGUAUGCGCUAAAAGUCGAGGGAAUUGACGAGAAAGUGCAAGUAUUUGUCUUACAAACGCUGAUGGAAAGAGGAGGUCGACAUUUUUGUCGCAUCGAAGACAAGGGGAGAUUUGGAAAAUACAAUUAUAUUGUUAUAACCUUGGUCGGUAAAUCUUUACUAGACCUACGGAAAUCACAGCCUACAAACCGCCUCUCCUUGGCAUGUGCUCUUUCCGUUGGAAUUCAGUGCUUGGAAGCUCUUGAAGGUACAGUAUUAAACAACAUCAAAUCAACUGACUUGCUGAAAUCAGAUUUACACGGGAUUGGAUAUCUACAUCGAGAUGUAAAACCUGGGAAUUACACGAUUGGAAGACCUGAAGUGAAUGAGCUACGAAAGAUAUAUAUUCUAGACUUUGGGAUGUGCAGAAAGUUUACAAAUGAUCAG